ACAAGGAGACAUAAAAGAUGUAUGAAGAAUUAUCUAAGAAAUAUAACCAUGCUGUGUUAAUGUAUUCUCAAAAAGACAGAGAUGGUGAAUUGAUUGAAGUUAUUGAAUCUUUACACAUUCUCAACAUCCAGAACAAGAGAUUGCAGGUCAGCAUGAAUACCAACCCUCAACCAAAGCCCCGAGACAAGAAAUCUAAUAAACUGAACUGUGGUGGCCUCCUUUAAUUGAAAUAUUAACAUGUCAUAUAUGAAAUUUGACAACCUUGUCAUGUCAAGCAGUAGGUUCAUUCAUUCAGUAAAAUAUAUAUUCAUUUUAUAAGGGUAGGGAGUUGUAUGUGAUGGGGCCUUUCUAAAUAUAUGGUCACAAGACACAAAUAGUCAGCUUAGAUAAAAUCUCUAUAAAAUCAGAAUAGUGCACUUUCUUUGGAAGCUUGAUAUUCAGAGAACAAGAAAAAACACUUCCGUAUUUCAAGACAAUCUGAGAUCACAGUGUGUGACACAUAUUUCGAGUGAUGAGCUGUAUUGAGAGACUGAAUUGAUAAACUUCUGUAGGUUUCUCAAUGUCUUUACAAAAUCUUUGCAGUCUUGGAUCUCAGAAUCUCAGUCGUGUCAACCAAAAUGAAUUUAACCUACGCACACUUCGUUUAUGCUGUACUCUAGUAUAGACUUUACAGCUUUGGAUUCAUAAAAAAAACUGUCUAGGAUUGUUAUCUACCAAAAUACAGAGUUUGUGAAAUAUAUAGCAAAUCAUAUUUUUGAAACAAACAUUGCACAAAUAAUAAAUGAAACUAUAGUGAAACAUUGCAAAAAAAGACUCCAAAUGUUGUUGCAUUGUGAGAAGUGAAAGCGACCCACGCCCCUUCCUGUAGCAACGGUGACCAUAAUUGCCAAAACUAAACCAAAAAAAUCAUUUUUCACAUUAAAAAAAAAAAAACCAGGUUGGGAAUUUUUCACAUCUAAAAGAUAACAAUAUACAACUGCAUCCACACCAACAUGCCUGAUACGGCCACAACACAGCAGAAUGUUUUGGGGGACACAUGUUCAAUGGAUGAGAGCUGUCAGAUGUGUCACGUGGAGAAAGAGGUGUGAAGCUAUGAAUGUCAGCAACGCUUCACAUCCCUUCCCCCGCUCCUCUCCUCUAAUGAUGAGCACAGACAAGCAGCACGGCACAAAAGGGAAGGAAGCAUUGCACAGCGAGUGCAAAACAACAUCGCUGUAUUACUGCAGAACGAGAUAGAAAGGGUUCAUAGAUGUGGGGGGUGCUUGCUUGCCUAGCAACUUGAGAAAGCCACGAAGCCGUUUCGCAUCCUAUCGUUGCUCUGGGUCUGCCUAUUACCACUGGGAUUACGAAUGGGGGCACACCAAAACAUGGCCAAUUGUUGACCACCUGAAGUACUCGAAAAAAAAUCUGGCUACAAAUGACAGACGGGAAUAAACAGCUAUACAAGGUUUCCACACAUCUGGACUUCCUGUUUACCAUGGAUCUGUCAGCAGUCUUUCAUGCUCACCAGAGAGGAACCGAGAGGCACUUCAACACCAUCCACAGAGCAAAACAUGAAAUAUCUGCAAUGCAGUAUUGAUUAGAUGGCCGUGAGGCAUCUCUUGGCUUUGGCCGGUCAUGCUCCAACUGCACAUCUUCUGCUUCAUUAAGAGUGCGUAUGUUACACAGCACCGAAUAAAACCAUGCGGUGGAACCACAGACAAUUCAGGCCGCAUGUCGCCUUUCUCAUCAUACUGCUUGUGUGUGUGGGAGGAGUCGUCAUUCUGGGUCACUGGUGGCCCUGUCAGAUGAACCUCAGAGUAAAUCCGGUAAUGUUGGCUCCUCGAGGAUUAAUGAAAACAGGGUCCAACUCCAGCGCAAUGAAAAGAUGGAAAACACUUGCGGUGCCUCCCGUACAGCCAGAGGUGAAUCUCAGCUUAGCUUCAGAUGAAGGAUCGCAGCAAGGACUUGCAAACUCAUUGGGUUUGGAAAUCAGUUUGAGCGGGGAGAUGAGGAUGGAAAAGACGCUUAAGGUCGAGCCGUACAAGUACAUCCUGAAUGAGCCAAACGCUUGUGUGCAUCAGGAUCCUUUUUUGGUGCUUCUGAUAGCAGUCGAACCGAAGCAAGCGGAUGCCAGGAAUGCCAUCAGGCAAACGUGGGGCAAUGAAAGCGUGGCUGGCGGCUUGGGUUUUGUGCGCCUUUUCCUCAUGGGUGUACAAGAGGAGGACAAAGUGCAGCGCACAAUUGAAGCCGAAAGUAAGCGUUACUAUGACAUCAUCCAGCAAGAAUACAUGGAUACUUAUAAAAACCUUACUAUUAAAACUCUGAUGGGGAUGUACUGGGUGGCAACAUACUGUUCUGGUGCCAACUAUGUCAUGAAGACCGACAGCGAUGUGUUUGUCAAUACUGAAUACCUCAUACACAAACUCCUCAAGCCCAAGGGGGUACCUAGACAAAAGUACUUCACAGGACAUCUCAUGAGAGGCCACGGGCCAAUCCGAAACAAGCGUAGUAAAUGGUACAUGUCGCCCGAACUGUACACGAGCGAGCGAUAUCCCACCUUUUGUUCGGGGACAGGGUAUGUGUUUUCAGGUGAUAUGGCACACAGGAUCUAUGGGGCGUCUCUGAGCAUACAUAGGCUGCAUUUAGAAGAUGUUUAUGUGGGUAUCUGCCUAGCAAAACUAAGGAUCGAGCCAGUGCCCCCACCGAAUGAAUUUCUGUUCAAUCACUGGCGGGUAUCCUAUUCCAGCUGCAAGUACAGUCACCUGAUCACAUCCCAUCAGUUUCAUCCCAAUGAGCUGAUCAAAUACUGGCAACAUCUGCAGAGCAACAAGCACAAUGCCUGCAUUAAUAUGCCAUGGAAGGUUAAAGACAAGAUGAACAGAAUUCAGAGAAAACUACUCUGGACACCGUGGGCUGGACCAUUAAAUAGUGAAGCAUAACAAACCAAACUUUUUGCCAUAAAAGCACAUAAAAGCACAUGAGUUUUUGAACCGUUUUUAAAUCUUGAAUAUGGGUUAUGAAUGUUGAGAUGCCUGUGGCCAAUUAAAAUGGUUAUGAAGUUGUGCUUUGAUAUAUGAAAAUAAUUAGGGUAUAAAAACUAACAGCACCUGAAAUGCCAACUGUUGUUUUUAGAUCAUCAAGAUCUUAACACAAAAAAUAGCAAAUUCUUUAUGAUGUUCAAUCAUCAUAAAUACUGCUGGGGCCUAUACCAUGAAGCCGGUUUAAGUGGCUAGCCAGGUUACUUAAGGAUUAGUUUGCGCCACCCUGGGUUUUAGGUACCAUGAUAGAAACUCAGCAUUAGUCAAUGCUCAUCGCCAUUAGGGAUGUAACGGUUCACCGUCAGCCGGUUUAAAAUCGAUUAUAAUGUGUGACGAUUCAAAUCGGUUGAGGUGUGAACUGAAUAGCAAUAAAUUUUUUGAACACCAGGGGCGUCCAUGUUCACUGCAAACAUAGACGUUGACAUCCUGAUAUUUCUUUAAUGCAAAAUUGCAACGUGAGCUGAGUGAAUGUUACAUCCCUAAUCCCCAUGGUAAUUUACGCUGCACGACAUUUAUCUUCUUUGUCCACUAAAGAAACCUUCUAUUAAACAGCUACAGUAAGAUACAAACAAAACCAUACAUUGACAGGUGACAUCACAUAUCUUUUAACACUGCUAUUUUAAUCUUUUUUUAUCAAGUUACACUUAGAAUUCACCUAAAUAAUGUAUCAUACAGUAGGCCUACAUUUUAACAUUCAUAAGAAGUUUUUAAUACUUUAAUGCCCAAAACAUUCCCUAAUGCAUUGGUUUUGUGUCAGUGCUUUAAGGAAGGUAAAGUAAAUUGGGAACAGUAUAAAACCCUUUAAAUGAAUUAAAUAUGUGACCAAAACUCAAUUUCAAACUACAACAUUUUCUAUGACAGGACUGUUUAAUAGCCUGUUGGUGGGAGACAGGGGUGUAUGCCAGAGGUUUUGCUAUCCUGACCACAGACACACUUCAACAUGGCCCUCAGUCAAACCAGAGUCAGAAUUGAGAUGACCCUCAGAUUUUUAAAUGUACACUACAACGGACUAAGUUUACACACUUGCAUUUUUUAUUUCUUCUUCUUUAUUUAGAAUCAGCUUCUCUAGUGUAUUUUUUCAAAAAAAUUCUGUAACCUAUGGAGGUAGACAUUAACUCAAUCAGCAGUGUUUUGGAAACAUUACUCUCUUGCGUAGACAGCAGAAACAGUAUUACUCCGUGGCUGAAAUACAUUUUUCUGAUACUAAUAUUUGCGCAUAAUUAUUUCUUAAGAAACAUACAGAACUCCCCCUACCCAUGUUGAACGUGAUUGGUUUUGCGAUGCCAACGUCACUCGUUAAUGUGCAGGUGCGCAAGGCAAACUAAUCUUAGCGACAGGAUCAAAUCUUGAGUUGAGAAAGAAACUCCAUGAGCUGUUUCAUGCUACCAACAAAUCUUGGUUUGUCACCCCAAAACUAAUCCUGUAACCCUGUGUUUGUUCAGCAACAUUCAUGGUACAGGCCCCAGGUGUUGCAUUUGCUGUCCAACAGAGAGCCGUGAAAGUAUUUUGGUCAUUAUUCAUUUCACGAGUAGAGAUAAAUAACUUUCAUCUCAUUAAACAGCCUACUGAACACAAUGUUGCCUCAUACAAGGGCACUUUGGAAAUUUUCCACCAAAGUUUCAAUCCAACAUUAACUCUAACCCAACAAUAACAGCUUUCUAUCAUAACUCUUUCAAUCAUGACCACAACAACCUUAACUAAAGUUCAUCUUGAUAAUGUUACCUUUUAUGUUUAAGAAAUCAAUGUAAAAGAAAAACUUUCUGCGUUUAGCUCAAUAAUAAAAAAAACUCUACUGCGGAGUUAUGAAGGUCAUUCAAAAACAAGCAGUCUGCAAACCAUUG